CAGACGAGUCGCAAUAGACAAGAUAUUCGAUCCUCUCCUCAGGCAUAGAAGAAACGAGUUACAAUAGACAAAGGGAGGGCCACACGAUUCACCCCUUCUCUCAAGCCGAUUCAGUCAACCUCUCUCCUUAUUAUCCCCAAGGCACAAGGCACACGACACGCGCUCGCAACAGCACCAUGGGCGCCGACAACAGGUUCCCGUCCGAGAUCAAGGACGCGUCGCCGCUGGGCCGGCCGCUGAAGUUCGAGUUCAGCGGCAAGACGGCGCCGAACCGCUUCCUCAAGGCCGCCAUGACGGAGCGUCUCUCGUCGUGGGACCCCGUCAACAAGGAGAACCGGGGCGUGCCGUCCCAGCAACUCAUUCGCGUCUAUCAGAGAUGGGGCGAGGGCGGGCUCGGGGUCAUUUUGACGGGGAAUAUCAUGAUCGACUAUCAGAGCUUGGAGGCCCCUGGUAACCCAAUCAUUCCGCCACAAGCACCCUUCCAAGGAGCCCGCUUCGAUGCCUUCAAGGAGCUCGCGACCCAGGCCAAAGCACACGGAAGUCUGGUCGUCGGCCAGGUCAGCCAUCCAGGCCGCCAGGUCGAACAGAGACUCCAGCCUGAUCCCGUCUCUGCCAGUGAUGUUCAGCUGGAAGGAGAAGUGAUGGGAAUGAGAUUCGCGAAGCCCCACGCAGCCUCACACGAAGAGAUCAAGGACAUCAUCAACCGUUUCACCCACGCUGCCGAGUAUCUGGCCAAGGCUGGCUACGAUGGCAUCCAGCUCCAUGGCGCUCAUGGCUACCUCUUGGCCCAAUUCCUCAGUCAGACAACCAACAAGCGAACCGACCAAUACGGUGGCUCUCUGCAAAACCGUGCCCGGCUCAUCCUCGAGAUCGCCCAGUCCAUUCGCCAGAAGCUGCCCGCAUCGUCAGGCUUCGUCCUGGGAAUCAAGAUCAACUCGGUCGAAUUCCAAGAGGGCGGAUUCACUGCCGACGAAGCCAGAGAACUCUGCGUCCUACUCGAGCAGAACGAGUUCGAUUUCGUGGAGCUUUCGGGCGGUACAUAUCAGUCCCUAGCGUUUGUCCACAAGAGGGAAUCGACCAAGAAGCGGGAGGCGUUUUUCCUCGAGUUUGCCGACAAGAUCGCUCCGGGGUUGAAGAAAACAAAGACGUAUGUGACCGGCGGCUUCAAAACCCUGGAUGGAAUGGUCAACGCUCUGAAGAGUGUCGACGGCGUCGGACUUGGUCGCCCUGUGUGCCAGGAGUUCCACAUGGGCAAGGACCUGCUGGAGGGCAAGAUCUCGGCUGCCAUCAACCAGAAGGUCGACCAAGAUAACUUUGGCCUCACCAACGUCAUUGCCGGCUCCCAGAUCAGGCAGGUCGGCAAAGACCAGGAGCCGAUCGACAUGUCGGUGCAAGAGAACGUCGAAGCCUUCCUGAAAGACAUGGGUGCCUGGGCUCAGAAGAUGGGCUCAGGUGAUGCCGCCAACUAUGGAUACGUCGACAUCGAGUCUGCCCAAGCAAGGCCGUACGGCGCUUCUGCAGCAGCUUAGAGUGAGUCGGCCGUCGAGUUUACAGGAGUGGAGUGGGGUUUCCGGUUCAGCUGCGAAUGUGUCGAUAGACAACUAGACCGAUAGACUCUCUCGGCCAUGCUGAACUUAUCGUAGAUCACCGCGAAGACUGACGGGGUAUUGUAUCAGAUCUUUUGCUUCUCUUUCUCCUUCUCCCUGCUCUUCUCUGCCUCGUUUUC